AUGAAGACUCAGCCCGCACGCAAAUCUGCAAGGGGACAGCAGCCUUACGGCGACCUCAAAGGCACGCGUACACUGGCAAAUCUCCGUAACAAGGCUACGCCGCCCACUCCACCGGAAAUCCCACCGAGUUCCUCCAAGCCCGGACUCGGUAUGGGCGCGGUGUUGUUCCGCAACCUUUGCAUGGAGAAGAUCCGCAAAGAUUAUCCUGGAGUCAAGCCUCGCAAUGACUACGAUAUCUCCUCGUUGUCAGAAAAACGAUUCAAGGGAUCUCCAGCCGAAAUUUACGCACAGUUGGACGAGGAUCUCGCGCUAGAUGUCGGGGAUGUUGGUUACGAGUUCAUCAUGGAAGCUGCCACGGCGAUGUUGGACAGAUAUGUUGAGCCAACCGGGCUCAAACCUGGACAGUCCGCUUUCCUCUACGACGACGACAACUUCAUAUUUAUUCGACCCGUUCCUGACUCCAAGUACUCUGUCCGGCUGUUUCCUGGAUCGAUCUCCGCCGCCGAAUACUGCUUGGACUUCGUCGACACCGCGACCGGGAAAUCCGUCAACUCUCCCUUCGAGUUCGAGCUCUGGGGAAUACCGAACCCGGAUACGCCGUGGCUCUCUUUUCCGAUAUGCGGGCAGCUGCGCUCAAUCGAAUACGCUCACGGAAUCAAACAGAAGGACAUUCUUCCCGGCGCAGAGAAGUUCAUCUUGCGGGACGGGCAGACGUGUCUGCUGGUACGUCCGGGGAAGCGAUCUCUCCGCUUCACGGUGCCGGUGCGGAAGAUGGAGACUCCCGACGUGGUCGAUGAAGUGGAUGUGCUAGACUUACCGCAGUUCGUUGGCCCGUGUGCGUGA